UUCUGUGUUAACAGGUUCAUUGUUGGCUGCCUGUGGCUGAAGUCUAACAUCCAAUGGAAACAAGACCUUUGAUAGAGUGGAACACUGGUCUCUUCGACUGCUUUGAGGAUGCAAGUUCUUGUUGCUAUGGUUUCUGGUGCGGCCCUUGUCUUGCCUGCACGGUGUCAGAAAGAUUUGGAGAGAACCGUUUUCUCCCGUUGUGUGACAUAUGCUGUUGGAAUUAUCCAUGCCUGCCUUCUCCUGCAGUCCUCUCUCUAAGGGCUGCCAUGCGAAACAGAUACGGCAUCAAGGGUUCUCUGUGUAAGGACAUCAUAGCUACCUGCUGCUGUGAGUGGUGCGCCUGGUGUCAGAUGCAUCGAGAGUUAAAACAUCGCAGACAAACUCCCACUGUCAUCAAUAUGCAGAAUCAAACCAUUGUACAAAUGCAGCCUCCUGCAGUCAUGAUGGCUCCUGCAUACCAACCCCAAGGUGGUUAUGUGCUCCAAGGAGUCCCAGCCCGAGAUUGUGUGGUGACUCAAUCAAAAGUCCACGUGCUGCCAUACUGA